GGCGGCAGCAAGGCAAAGGCGGCAGCAAGGGCAAGGGCAUGGCGACCGGCGAGAAACCGCCAUUCGAUCCUGCACCGGAAGCAAAGCAGAUGGAACUGGAGAAGAACAAACCAGCGUACAGAUGGUUGCUGCAUGGACAAGAGGCGGAACCUUUGGGGUACAACAACUAUUGGCACAAGUGCAAGAUGUGUGGUAGAUUGUGGACAACGUCCUACACACAUGUUGUCGCUCAUUUCACAGCACGGAGGGACCCACGUUCCAGGCGGACCGGGGAGAUCCUCCAUGUCCUCGCCAACAAGGGGGCGAAGAUCGAGUGCCCCAUCACGCGUAGAAUCAUCCAGUUGUACCAACGGGAUAACAACAUCGCAGACGGAUCAAAUCCACAACCUGUGGUAGACACUGCGGAGGAAGGCACCUUGGCGGACUUCAUAGUGUCGCCGUCAGCGCCAGGCAGAGAGGCUGUUGGCGAGAGUGUGGAUGGGCCUGGUGGGGUGACAGAUGACAGAUGCACCGGUCGUGAGGGAGGAGCGGACCCAUCCGUCACAGGAUCUGUGACAACACGGUCAUCCACCAAGUUGCAGCAAGCUUCCAUCCGACGCUGGACAGAGAACACCUCGCAGCAGCGCUUGGACGUCGUGUGGGGAUUUCAUUUGUAUGAACAUGGGGCUUCAUUCAACUACAUGACAGGGGAGAAGACGCAGGAGCUUCAUGAUCUACAUAACAAUUCGCUCGGAGAGGUGGAGGCAGUCGUGGAUAUCAUGUACCCGGUGUACGAUCUGCUGCGGAAGAUGGACAAGAGCAGAACCGUCCCAUAUCAGUUGUGGGGGUUUGAGGACGCGUUGAUAAAGCAGAUGGCCACCAUUACCAGCAUCACACCGGCACGACAGGAGUCCAUUGCGAAGAAAGUGAGGAAGCGCUGCAAAAUGAUGUGCCAACCGGUGCAUGCAGCAAACCUUCUCUUCAAUCCCGCGAAGCGGGACCCUCGUUGGUUGCACGACCCCAGGUGCCCGCUUGUGCAAAACGCCAUGAAGUUUUCGUUGUCUCAAUGCAAGGAGGGGGCGAUAUGGGGGUGCAAGGAGCAUCUCCACCUGUGGGAUGAUAUGAAACUGUUCCACAAAGAGCCACAGGGCAAUUCGAGCCUGCCACUCGCAAAGCAAGACAGUUUGUGGACUGACUUUGCCAAGUUCGACAACAGACUCGACAAGCACACCGCAUCAGCUUGGUGGAGCUGCCACGGGAAGAGUCACCCGAAUCUGCAGCGCAUUGCAGUUCGUGUGACUGCGAUGUGGAGCACGACCACACUGUGCGAGCGCAACUGGUCCACUUUGGACCUUGUGCAUGAGAAGAGGAGAAACCAACUUUCCAGUGACACAAUAAACAAGCUUGUUUAUGUGCACUGGAACCUCCAAUUGUUGAAGGUGAAGAACAAGAAGGCGGAGGGCUUCAUCGACAUGUGGGCUGAUUUCUUCGGUGCGGACGACCCUCUACUUGCUGCAGAUCCUGUCAUUCAUCCCGACGAUGCGCAGCCGUCAGCGGAAAAGGUGGCUCAGCGGGAUCGCCUGAGGAAGGUGCCGUAUGGGAGGCUUCCAAAGGUGGGGAGGGUGGAUGAGUCCAGCGAGACCGGCAACAGCGAUGAUGGGGAGGAUUUGGUAUGGAGGGGGAAGGGGAAGAAAAGAAAGGAGAAGGAAUAUACUGAUGACGAGGUUGUGCGAGCGAUGGCACAAGCACUUGCAAAGAGAGAUCAUGCCAUUGUGAUGCAGCGUGUGGAGAAGGAGGCAGCGAGGCGUGUAACUGUUCCCUUUCAGACCGGAGAAAGAGGAGGGUACUUGGGGGAGGGACUCGAUGCUGCACCAACGGAAACAGGAAGUGGGGCGCAAACUGCAAUUGUGGCUACUGCAGCAGGUGGGCAACAAACCGAAGUGGCGGUGGGGGCCACAACAUCCGGUUCGCAAACAGGACAUAAGUUGACCGAAACGCAACAGCAACGUGAGAAUACAUCCGACGAACUGAACGAGGAAGAACAAGAAGACGGGCAUGGUGCACGUGGCAGGCCCAAUGUAGCGCAUGUGUACAAGAGGCGGACGCAUGAAGCCACUCCAGGCCCACCUCUCGCUGUGCCCACAGAAGAGUCUCAACCUGACUUCCCUACUUUGGUUGUUGAAUUGCAGCACGACAAUCUUGAGAAGAGCACGGUGGGAAGGAAGAGGAAGGUGGUGGAACAGGCUGCACCAAUCGCUACAGCAAAGAGGGGACGGGGAAGACCUCAGAAACCACGACCUGAGACGGUCUGUCAACCGGAAGAACUUGCCCCUCAGAGACAGCAGAAAUAGCGGCGGGCAAAGAAGAACCCCUAUGUCAUUGAAGAUGAUGGCGAUGCCUCGGAUCACUCGAGGGACAACAACAGCAGUGGCGACGACGACCCCCACUCUGACAAUGAAUGGCAUUAGAUGUU